AUGAUUCAAACUCAGAUUGCCAAGAUACUUCAUUUAAAAGUGGAAGCAGGAGACACGACUCACAGUUUAGCCAACAUAAUUCUUCGAAGACUGAAGAUGAGGGUGGAAGCUACCAGAACGAAUAUCCUUUUAGUCCUUGAUGAUGUCUGGGAAAAGAUCGACUUAGAUGUUGUGGGAAUUCCUUCAAGGGAUUCCUGCUGCAAGAUCCUCUUAACCACUCGAUCUUUCGAUGUCUGUAGGGACAUGUUUGUUGAUUUUCCUUUUCAGUUAAGCCUCAUGAGUAAAGAUGAUGCUUGGAAACUUUUCGUUCAAAGUAUUGGAUCUGUAGGGAAAGAGCACGUCGGUGGCAACCAUAGCAAUGAGGAAGGAGGAGGACGUCGAUUACUUUUUGUUAUGGUGGUUUUUGUAGGGUUUAAAAACUGA